AGAGCAUCUGGUGCACAGGAAGUGCUACAGAGAUGGUGGCCUGAAGGCUGUUGUGAUGUGACUGCUGAGAUCAACGCAGGGGCCACCUACGGGAAAGGAAUCUCUAGCCCCCAGAAGCAGCUCAGGAUGCGCAGUGGGAUAAGCCCCAAAAUCACCUGUCACUUAAGGUGACAGCCCAGAGAGGCAAAACGACCUGCCAAAAGUGACCCAGCUCUGGUGGUGGGUUUAAUGUUAAAAAAUCCACGGAACCUGUCCAGCCCCGAGCCCUCCUCAAGUUCCCAGACAUCUACGGACCCAGGCCGGCGGUGACGGCGCCCGAGGUCAUCAACUAUGCAGACUACACGCUGAGGUCCACGGAGGAGCCUGCUGCACCUGCCAGCCCCCAGGCCCCGAGUGACAGUCGCCUCAAGAAGCAGGUCACAGAGGAGCUGUUCAUCCUUCCUCAGAAUGGGGUGGUGGAGGAUGUCUGUGUCAUGGAGACCUGGAACCCAGAAAAGGCUGCCAGUUGGAACCAGGCCCCCAAACUCCACUACUGCCUGGACUACGACCAGCAGAAGGCGGAAUUGUUUGUGACGCGUCUGGAAGCCGUGACCAGCGACCACGAUGGAGGCUGUGACUGCUAUGUCCAAGGCAGCGUGACCAACAGGACGGGCUCUGUGGAGGCCCAGACAGCUCUAAAGAAGCGGCAGCUGCACACCACCUGGGAGGAGGGCCUGGCGCUGCCCCUGGCGGAGGAGGAGCUCCCCACGGCCACCCUGACGCUGACCCUGAGGACCUGCGACCGCUUCUCCCGCCACAGCGUGGCUGGGGAGCUCCGCCUGGGCCUGGAUGGAGUGUCUGCACCUCUGGGGGCUGCCCAGUGGGGCGAGCUGAAGACCGCAGCAAAGGAGCUGUCUGCAGGAACUGGAGAGGUCCUUCUCUCCAUCAGCUACCUCCCAGCCGCCAACCGCCUCCUGGUGGUGCUGAUUAAAGCCAAGAACCUCCACGCCAACCAGUCCAAGGAGCUGCUGGGGAAGGAUGUCUCUGUGAAGGUGACCUUGAAGCACCAGGCUCAGAAGCUGAAGAAGAAGCAGACGAAACGGGCCAAGCACAAGAUCAACCCCGUGUGGAACGAGAUGAUCAUGUUCGAGCUGCCCGACGACCUGCUGCGGGCGUCCAGCGUGGAGCUGGAGGUGCUGGGCCAGGACGAGGCGGGCCGGAGCUGCGCGCUCGGCCGCUGCAGCCUGGGCCUGCACAGCUCGGGCUCCGCGCGCAGCCACUGGGAGGAGAUGCUCAAAAACCCGCGCCGGCAGAUCGCCAUGUGGCACCAGCUGCACAUGUAGCCAGCCGCGGGGCCGCCUCCCCGCUCGGGCAGCCCGGCUGUCCUCUGCAACCUGCUCUUUGUGCCCUAUCCUCACUCUGACACCCAGAAGACAGAGACAGGCGUGUUUGCAAAGGCCAGGACCCGAUUCCUGUCACCACACUCCCAUUUCUAAGAAAUAAGCAAGGCAGGGCAGGGUGGUGUGUGGAAACGAGACAUUCGGGUCACACCGAGGAAUGCAUUUUGCUCAUCUGUGCUAUCGAGAGAGACACUUACCAAAUGCAACUCGUGUGCCCGUGGGACAGGUGGGGUUAGGCCAGAGGCAGAGAAAGCUUGAUUGCAAAGAAGAAUUUGGCUUUUU